GCUGGACUUCGUCUCUUCUUUGUGUUCGGCGGUUUUAUUUUCACAUUCAAUCGUGCGCCUCCCAUGGCGCUAUUGAGAAAGGUUUCAAGUAGCUUUAGCGGCAUAUUUCGACGCUAUGCUAGCUCCAGUGGAUGUACCAUAUAUAGUCUCAGCUCCGGACAUGUUAAGUGCGGCGUCUCGGUUAUCCGAGUCUCUGGACCACAGACAAAACACGCUCUGCGCGCCAUUGUUAACAACGUUGAAUACGAGCCGAAACAGCGACAGGCAUAUUUGAAAUCAUUUUAUCACCCGGCCAGCAAAGAGGUUAUCGAUAAGGGACUGCUCCUAUGGUUUCCCGGUCCAGCCUCAUUUACUGGCGAGGAUGCGUGUGAAUUUCAAGUGCAUGGCUCGUUGGCCGUUAUUGCUGCCAUGCUGGAUGCACUUGGUCAAGUGCCGGGAUUGAGACCAGCUCAGCCGGGUGAAUUCACAAAACGUGCCUUCUUUGGCGGCAAACUCGAUCUAACAGAGGUGGAGGGAUUGGCUGAUUUAAUACAUGCCGAGACGGAGGCUCAACGCAAACAGGCACUUUUACAAAGCACUGGCGCCUUGGCGCGUCUCUAUGAUAACUGGCGUAAGCGACUCAUUCGCUGUUGCGCCCAUUUGGAGGCGUACAUUGACUUUGCCGAAGAGGAGCAGAUUGAAGGAGGCGUCAUAUUACAAUUGACCAAAGAGCUAAACGCUGUAAAGCGUGAAAUUCGUGUUCAUCUGAAUGAUCAGCGACAGGGUGAGCUGCUAAGAGACGGUGUGCGCACGGUAAUCAUCGGUGCUCCGAAUGUGGGAAAGAGUAGUCUUCUGAAUCUUCUCUGCCAGCGUUCAGUGUCCAUUGUCACGGAACAGGCGGGCACAACACGCGAUAUUAUUGAGACAACACACAAUUUUGGCGGCUAUCCAGUUGUAUUUGCGGAUACUGCAGGAUUACGCAAGCAUACCACAGACUCCAUCGAAGUGGAAGGCAUGGCACGAGCUAAACAAUGCUUAGCCCAGUCCGAUCUUAUACUCCUGCUAACGGACGCCAGGCAGCUACGUGACGUGGCCAGCAAUGACGCCCUGACUGGCCACAUUGAGAGCUAUUUGCAGGAGCUGGACAUACCACAGGAGAUGUGCAAUGGAAAACGCUUGCAGUUGGUGGCGAAUAAAACAGAUACACUUACAGCGGAGGAGUUGGAGAGUCUUAGCAAGCUGGAGAAUGUGUUGGCUCUAUCCUGCCAUAAACAGGACAACUUGCCAGAGUUUCUGGGUUCCUUGGAGCAGAUGCUGAAACAGCUGUGCGGCACACCACAAGCCGAACAUCCUCGCAUUACGCACAUGCGUUACAGACAACAACUGGAACGUUGUAUUGAGCACAUUGAGAUAUUCUUAAGAGAUUACAAGCCUGAUGUAUACCCGGAUAUGGCCAUAGCAGCUCAACAGCUGCGCAAAUCAAUUCGUUGCAUUGAACGCAUCACUGGACAUGUUAGCUGCGAAGAUAUACUCGAUGUUGUAUUCAAAGAUUUCUGCAUUGGAAAAUGAUUCGUAUUCUAGAAUUUAAGUGUACAGUUCGCAAUAUUAUACCCAACAUAUAGACUGCUAAAUAAACACCGAUUCUCUUUUUCUUUCAAA